CAUGAGAAAUGUGUCACAAUUCAUUUGAAAGCAAAAUCCACGAUUUUCAGUGGGCUAAUUCCCAAUUUCUUUUAAAUUUUCAACCUGAUGAAAGAUGUGUAUACAUACAUUUAGACAUAAUAUUUUACAAAUUGUAGUAGUAUUUUUAAUUUUAAUCUGUUAUUCCUGUGCCACCAUAGAGGAAUGUACCGACGGAGAAUAUCCAUCAGCUGCUGCCAUAGUGAACACCGUCAACAGGUUAUCAAGCUGCUCUGGUGCCAUUAUCAGUCCAAAAUUUGUAGUAACUGUUAGACAUUGCAUGCUUUUGACAACAAACCCGGAAGAACUCCGAGUAAUAGCCGGAAGCAACCGUUUGGAUAAAAAUUCAACGAAAGCUUUCCUUGUCAGGAAGGUGACUGGAGUCGUAGCUUACCCAACCAAGGGAAAAGCCUUAGAUGACAUAACAUUAAUUCAGGUCAGCUUUCCUUUUUUCUUCAACAAAAAUACUAAUAAAACUGUACCGUCAACCAUAGGCCCAGUAUUCGGCCAGAAAUGCACUCUAAUUGGAUGGGGGCUCUCUGCGGAGGGGAGUCCAAUAAAUAUCAAACAGAAGCAAACACUAUACAUGACAAAUUGCCCCAAUAUAAACAAAACAGAUGAAAUUAUUUGCGGUGUUCUAACAAGCGACGAACCAGAGCAUUGUGUGGGUGACAGUGGCGGUCCCCUGUAUUGUGAUGGGCACCUAAGUGCUUUACUUUUGGGUGGAGCAUGCAGAGCUCCCGGCAAAUUUGUUAUUUUCAUUAAUAUUAUUAAUUAUAACAAAUGGAUCAAGGAAAACAUGAAAUACGAUUUCAAAAAUGUAUUGACUGGCUGGUUUAGUGUUGCAAAUAGGUUAAAAAUUUCCCCUUUUUGUUCAGUGUUUAUUGUUUUGUCGAUAUCCUAUGUUCGUACAUUUAAGAAGUAUAUUUGAGAAGCAUGUAGAAAAUAUGAUUUUAACGGAGAUGGAAAA